AUGGCUUUCUUCUUUAAUCGCGGCCGGUCGCGGUCACCUGCCGAUGUCGUUCGCUCGACCAAGGACUUGCUGCUCAGGGCCCAGGAAACCCCCAGCACUCCCAAGGCAGACGAAGAGCUGGCCAAACAGCUCGGACAGAUGAAAGUAAUUGUUCAAGGAACACAAGACCAACACCUCCCCGAACAAGUCUAUGCUCUCAUCCAGGCAACGCUCCAGGAAGAUCUACUGUAUGAUUUAUCGCGAUCCAUCCACCUGCUCCCCUUUGAGGCCAGAAAAGAUACGCAGACCAUCUUCUCUCAUAUCCUACGCUUCCGGCCCAGCUCAUACGCGCCCGACAAAGACCCUCCCGUCAUCUCGUAUAUAGUUCAUCACCGACCCGAGAUCCUCGUUGAGUUAUGCCGGGGCUACUCGCAUAGCCAAAGCGCGAUGCCAUGUGGUGUGAUUCUCCGAGAAGCCCUUAAGUUCGACGUGGUCACUGCGGUGGUUCUUUAUGAUCAAUCACACGAGGGCGAGCCGGCCGGGCGACUCUCCGACUUGAAGCCCAAUGCCCCCCAAAAUGGCGAGGGUGUAUUUUGGAAGUUCUUCGAGUGGAUUGACAAAGGCAAUUUCGAAGUGAGCGCCGAUGCGUUCACAACAUUUCGGGAAAUUUUGACUCGACACAAGAGCAUUGUGACCGCAUACCUGGCCAGCAAUUUUGAGCUUUUUUUCGGUCGCUUCAACAACAUUCUUGUGCAGUCCAACUCAUACGUGACCAAGCGGCAGAGCAUCAAACUGCUUGGAGAGAUCCUGCUGGACCGUGCGAACUACAAUGUGAUGAUGGCAUAUGUGGAGAGGGGCGAGAACCUCAAGUUGUGUAUGAAGCUUCUCCGCGACGAUCGCAAGAUGGUGCAGUAUGAGGGGUUCCAUGUGUUCAAGGUAUUCGUGGCGAACCCCAACAAGUCGGUCGCGGUGCAACGGAUCCUGAUCAACAACCGCGACCGGUUGCUCAGAUUUUUGCCGAAAUUCCUGGAGGACCGAACGGACGAUGACCAAUUUACGGACGAGAAGAGCUUCCUGGUCCGACAGAUUGAGCUUCUGCCCAAGGAGCCGGUGGAUCGGAGCCGACCCAGUCGGGACGCGCAGUCUGGGGUCAACACGGCCGCGGUGGCCUAA